AUGAGUACUCUUACCAAAGACUACGACGAUUCAGAUAAUUCCGAUCAAGAUGGAGACGAAAGAGUUUCCAAAAACGGUUCCAAACAGACGAAAUCGCAGCACAAGGAAGGUUAUACUUGGGAAGGUGAAUAUCAACGUUCAUGGGAUAUUGUGAAAGAAGAUGCUGAAGGAAGUCUUGCUGGCGUCGUAGAAGGCCUUAUCAAUGCGGGAAAACGCAAACGUAUUCUUCGGGACACAACGCCUCUCCAAAGAGGUAUUAUUCGACAUCUAAUUCUGGUCGUUGAUCUAAGUAUAGCAAUGGAAGAGCGGGACUUUCGCACGAAGCGGGUCGAUUUACAGAUUAAGUAUGGAACCGAGUUCAUCAUAAACUACUUUGAACAGAACCCAAUUUCCCAGCUUGGAAUUAUUGCUAUGAAAGACGGAAUUGCUGUAAAAAUAAGUGACAUUCAUGGAAAUCCUCAAGACCAUAUUAAUAAGUUAAAAAAGCUCCGUGAGUGUAAAGGUAUGGCUUCACUACAAAACGCUCUUGAAAUGGCUCGUGCUUCAUUAGCUCAUAUUGCUUCUCAUGGAACGCGAGAAGUUUUAAUUAUUUUCGGGUCUUUACUGUCUUCAGACCCUGGUGAUAUUUUUCAGACGAUCGACAGCCUGGUUAAGGAGAACAUAAGUGUCCACAUCAUUGGCCUUUCUGCAGAAGUGUCUGUGUGCAAAGAAAUAUGCCGCAGAACAAACAAUGGUGCUCAGAAUGCUUAUGGAGUCAUCUUGAACGAAAACCAUCUUGAAGAACUGCUCAUGGAGAAAACAAUUCCACCAGCUACACAUUCAGAUGAGGGAAUUCCAGCUUCCCUUGUCAAGAUGGGUUUCCCUUCUAAGGUAAUAGAGCCGUUCCCAAGUCUUUGUUCAUGCCAUUCAGUUGCUUCUCGUGGAGGAUUCCAUUGUCCCCGUUGUAAAUGCAAGGUAUGCACACUCCCUAUUGAAUGUCCGGGCUGUUCCCUAAUUCUCAUUCUUUCUACACAUUUAGCCAGAUCCUAUCAUCACUUGUUUCCACUAAAAAAUUGGCGGGAAAUUCCUUGGUCAGAGAAACCAACUUCGACUUACUGCUUCGCUUGCCAGGCACCAUUUCCUAUGACUCCGCAAGCCAAGGAAGACCAGAACGCUUCUUCGUCUCGUUAUGCUUGUCCUUCUUGUGGGCACCACUUUUGCAUUGAAUGCGACGUAUUUGCUCAUGAACAAUUACACGAGUGUUUUGGAUGCCAAAGCCAUACUUCCUAA